CAAAAAUACAAUCAUUUAAUUACUACAAAAUUAAAUUAUAAUUAAAAGAAGAAUAUUUAGAUAUUUUUAUCCUAGAAUUAGCAUUAGAAGGAAAUUAUUUUCUGCUAUAAAUAAAAUAUAUAAUAGCUUAGCAAAUAAAUUAUGAGCAAAGUUACAUUUAUGUAAUAAAUAUAAGAGAUUAGCAUCAAUUACACUAACAACCAUAGUGGUGUAAUGUAAUAAAAUAUAGAAAUGAAUUUGCCGCAGGAAUUGUUUCUUAGGAUAUUGUGCUUAGAAAAUAAACUUGAGAAAAGAUAUACUAUUUAGCAUAUUGAUAACCUUAUUGUACUUUAUUCUCAACUUGUUGAACACUAUAAUAUGAAACAAGAUCCAAUCUAUAUUUAUUUCUUGGAAAAAAUAAAAAAUUAUCUCUCCAAAACCAAUUCCUUAAAACUCUACUUUAAAGGAGCUGAAAAAGAAAUAGAUGAAAAAAAUAACACAUGGCUAGAAGAAACUGACGAUUCUAUUCUUAUUUCAGACGAAGAAAAAUCACCAAAUAAAGUAUUAAGAGACACUUCUUCUCAAAAUUUUUAACUUACUCAAUAAGCUUCGAACAUGAUGAGAAGAGAUUCUUUUGAUAAUUUAAUAGAGCAAAAGAGAUAAUAACUUCGUAAAAGCAUUUCUUUUAUAAACUAUUAGCAGGCAAAGAAAACUCUUUUACAGGAAGAGAUAUAUGAUUUAGAAAGAAAAAGAAAUGAACGUAAUCUUAAACUAAAUGUAUUUAAAGAAGUAUUCUUAAAUUAGGACAAUAAGAAUAACGAAGUGAAAGAAAUAAUAAAAAACUAUGAGGAACUAUCAAAAGAAAAGGAUAAUAUUGUAAAAAGUGAUAUUGAUUAAUAAAUGAACACUAUCCAAGAAAGAAUCAAAAUAAAAAGAAAUAAUUAAUUUAAAAAGAGUCUUACCAUCGAGCUAAAUACGCCUAGGAGCAAUAGGGAUCAUAAAGAUGAAUCUAACCCAAAACUCUCUUAUGCUCCUCCAAGUUCCUCUAAAAAUGAAUAAAAAUCUGAAUUGAAUCAUAUUUACCCAUCUCCAAGUUCAAAAUCUGAAAAUAAAAUAUCAAUAAACCAAUUAUCUCCUCAUAGCUAAGAAGAUUAUAUAAACGUGUUUAAUAGUAGCUUAACCAAUGGUUAAGCAGAUAAUACACCAAAUAAAAAAGCCAAGUUAAACAUCAAAAAUUUUCAUUAGAAAUUAGGAAUUUAAAAGACUGAUCCUUAACAAUAUGAGCAAAAGUAUUGUGAUUAAAAUUCCAAUUCCCCAGAUGGAUUAUAAAAUAAUGCAUAUUAAAGUUCUGAUGAAGACGUAGAUCUUUAGUCAAGUAAUGCAUAAAAUAAAAAUAAAACCCAUUAAGAUGAGUAUCAUUAACCAAGUAUAAUCAAAGAGGCAUUUAGUCAAGAAUAGAGUUUUCACAGAGAAUCAGUUUCUCCUAGCAAAUAUAUGAAAGAUUUUGGUUACGAUAACGAAUGAUUUUUGAAAAAGUUUUGAUUACAUUACACAUCUAUCUCUUAUAUAAAUUUCACCAAACUUCAAGAUAAUUUUAUUUUGUAAUUAAGUUCUAGAAAAAAUAUAAUAAAAUGAGCAAGUGUAUUAAAAAAUUUUAAUUAAAAAAAUAGCAAAUUAUUAAUUUUUAAGUAAAUAAGAAAUAUUAAACUCAUUCUUAUAUUUUAAUAACAACAUUUUUUCUUAUUGCUAAUGUAUUUAUCUAUCUAUUUAUUAUAUUUUGUACAAUUAAUAUUCAAUCAAAAUAAUAGUAAAAUUUACU